AUGACUCCCAUCAAUCCAGCCCAGCUUCCUCUUGAAGAUCAACUAAUUCACCUCCGCAAAGUCUUAUCUACCAACUCCACCCUCAUCACGGUCCUCACCCGCGCCGCCACCCUCGACCUGCCAAACUGGUACCUUGCCGCCGGAGCCGUCUCUCAGACAAUCUGGAACUUCAUGAGCGGCAAGCCCGCAGACACAGGCAUUCACGACUACGAUCUCGUCUACUUCGACGACUCGGACCUGUCAUGGGAGGCCGAGGAUAAGGUCAUCCAGGCCGGGAACAAGCUGUUCGCAGACAUACCCGUCGAAGUCGAGAUUCGAAAUCAGGCGAGGGUGCAUCUAUGGUUUGAAGAGAGGUUCGGGACCCGAUGUCCGCCUCACAAGUCGACGGAGGCGGGGAUCGAUACUUGGAUCUCGACGACCGCGAUGAUUGGUGUGCGACUGGUGGAUGACGGGGAAUGGAAAGUGUAUGCGCCGAGAGGACUGUCUGACUUCUUCAAUAUGGUGGUGAGGCCACAUCCUCAGCUUGGGACGAGAGAGGCGUAUGAGAAGAAAGCCAGAAGGUGGCUUGAGAUAUGGGAGGAUCUCACGGUGAUGCCUUGGACUGAAAAGGAGGUGCCUUUCAAGCUCAAGCCAUGA